AUGAGUUAUGCAUCAUCGGGUAGAUCAGCUGCAAGCUGCUAUGAUUCAUCACAGCCCGAUAUAAAUAUUUUAAUGAUGAGUGAAACGGGUGCCGGCAAAUCGACAUUCAUCAAUGCAUUCGCCAAUUAUGUCAUUUAUAGUACAUUAAGUGAGGCAACUCGAGGUGAUAUGCAAGUACUUAUACCUUCAACAUUUCAUAUGAUUGAUCCCGAGACAUUUCAUGCAAGGCGAAUAUCGAUUGAGCAACCAACUACUGACGAAAAAUGUGAAGAAACUGGUCAAUCAAGUACACAGUAUUGCCGAAGUUAUAAUUUUCGCAUAGGAAAUUGUCAGCUGCGUUUAAUCGACGCCCCAGGUAUAGGUGACUAUGACCAUUUAAAUGGUAUUUGUACAGUACUUGAACCAAAUAAUGAACGAUUAACAGUUGGAUUUUGUUUUUGUUUUAAAGAAAUCUUAACACAUCUGCAUAUCAAUGUUAAAGAUAAUCUUAUGUUCGUAUUUAAUAAUGGGUGGUCAACGUUUUAUUGGCCAGGUUCUACAACUCCAUUGGUUAGAAGUAUAACGAAAGAACUACAUAAAACAUGGGGCGUUGAGAUCCCAUUUAAUAAUGAAAAUACAUUUAUGUUUGACAAUGAGGCAUUUCGAUUUUUAGCUACAUGUAAAAAUGGAGUCGAGUUUUCAGAUGAGGAGGUGACUAAUUUUAGUAAAAGUUGGGAAAUAUCAGUAAAAGAAUUUACACGGCUUAUUCAACGCAUUCAAAAAUUUGAAUUACAUGCUGUCCGCGAUAGUGUAUCAAUCAAUUCAACUCAACAACUUAUACGUAAACUUACGCGACCGAUUGGCGAAACAGCUCGGCUUAUAGAAGAAAAUAUUCAAUUAGCUAAACAACACAAACAAAAUAUAUUAAAUAUGCAUUAA